UUCCGCGAGUCCACUUAAUCGGAAAACGAUGUAUCCAGUUUAUAAUAGUUUUCCAUUCCAUCUUUACCGCAGUUCGUAUGGCAGUGUUGGCGAAUCGUCCACUGUCGUACAACGGCUGGUAUCCAUUCGAUGUAUCAGUGAGUCCAACGUACGAGCUGGUCAAUUUCACGCAGUUACUUGGAGCUCUCACGUACGACUGCACCAUCUUCGGCUUCAGUGCAUUGUACGCCACGUUCAUCUGCAUCGCCUGCAGUCAGCUGGAGAAGCUGAGAACGAGCCUCUUGGACAUCAGACAGAACCGCGACAUUUCAAAGGACUCGGGUGCUGAGACUGACCAAGAAGAAGAGGGAAAAGUCAAUGCAUCUGGUGAAAUGUUCCAACGCAUGCAGAAACAACUCAACGACUGCGUACGUCACCACCAGCAAAUACUGAGUUACAUCCGAGUGCUGGAAGAAACGACAAAUCCUGUUAUGGCUGGAAACUUCCUCCUGAGCUUGGUGUGCAUGUGUUUCGCUUCGUUUUCUAUUGUUACGAGCUGGGGAAACUACAUCCAGAUGUCCCAAGGUGUUUUAUCUUUCGGUGCCGUCCUAACAGCAUUAUUCAUCUACUCCUGGUUUGCGAACGAACUCACAGAUCAG